AUGGCAUCCACUGUUGUCCUAGAGUACACUAAACGCAAGGGUCUUCAAAAUACAACUUUAUCAACUAUGGGAAAGGCACAAAGGUUCACAAAAGGCCUCUCUUCAGGCUUUAUCCCGGAUUACCGACAUGCAGUGGAAACAGUAGGUGAGUCAGAAGGCUUCAUUAACUCAGGUCACAUUGACUCAGAGGACUCUUCUGCCCCUAAAAGAAAAUGCAUCAGCUUAAAUACUGAAAAGUCUGAUAGCUUCAAUGUACCAGUGCAAAAUUUUUCAGUUUCACUGAUGUCAAGUUUGGAAAAAAAGGCAUUGGAGCAUAGGCUAAGAGAAGAACUUGAACAGAUCCAGGUACUACAGAAAAAAGUCCUUUCCAGGGCCGUUAAUGGUGUUGCUGUUUCCUCAACAACUGAUGCUUCUGGGAAGAAGCGUCCUGUUGUAGGCCGUAGUGUUUAUCAGAUAAAACGUGGACAUUCAGGGCGAUUUGAGCCUGAGAAAAGCGUUUCACAAGCUUCCUUGUCUAAGAGCAACAAUGCAGCAUUGAUUAAACAGUGUGAACAGCUUCUCAAUCGUUUACUGCAGCAUCCGUAUGCUUGGGUCUUCAAAGAGCCAGUUGAUGCAGUAAAGUUGAACAUUCCAGACUAUUACAAUGUUAUUAAGCACCCAAUGGAUUUUGGAACUAUAAAAACUAAAUUAACCUUAGGCACGUACGCCAGUCCUUUGGGAUUUGCGUCAGAUGUUAGGCUUACUUUUUCCAAUGCAAAGACAUAUAAUCCGCCUGGGAAUGAUGUCCACAUAAUGGCAGAAGCCAUGAGUAAUCUCUUUGAGUCAAAAUGGAAACCCAUUGAAAAGAAGGUUCCUGCAGUUGAUUCCAGUGUUGCAAGAGAAUCUGAAGCUGUGAAACCUCCAGAUAUGAAGAAAAGAAAAGCUCCCUCUGUAAAUCAAGCUUCUACUGUGUCAGUUGGUGCAGAGAGUUUAAAAAAUGAGGUGGAAAAUUUGAAGGAAAGAGUGACUGCUGAGGAGAAGCAGAAGCUAAGCAGUCGCUUAGAAUCCCUGAUUCCUGUGUUACCGGACCACAUUAUCGAAUUCCUGAAGAGAAAUAGUGGUAACCAGAGCCAGACCAGUGAUGAUGAAAUAGAGAUUGAUAUUGAUGCUCUUGAUGAUACUACAUUUCUUGAACUACGAAAGCUUUUAGAUGGUUUCUGCUGUGGGAAAGAGCUGAAGCAUGAGAUGAAAGCUGAUUUUGGUGAAAUAGAGGUACGCACUUGAUAGCUAUUUAUGCCAAUCAGCUGAUGUUUCUAUUGCUGCCCAAUGCCACAAAAGCUGGAGAGUUUUGUGAUAAUGUAAUUUUUACUUUGAUGCAGGUAUUUAACGAAUCUGGCAUCAGCAAUUCAUCAAUGCAGCCCUACAAAGGUUGUUCUCCUCCCUGUUUCAUGAGGAGCUUUGUUGUAUUAAAAAAUAUUCUUUUAUGAAAAAAAAUAAUCGUUAAUUUUUUAUCUUCAGGAAAUGAGCAUCCGAUGGAUGAGGAAGUAGAUAUACUGGGCAGCGAUCAUCCCAUGUCAACCUACCCUCCAGUGGAAAUAGAAAAGGAUACAGCUUUGAGAAAUAGCAAAUAUAGUAGUUCUAGCAGUUCGACCAGCGAGUCAGGUUCUUCAUCUAGUGGUGAGUGUCAUUUAGUUGAUCUCGUUUUUCCGUUUAAUGUGCUGUUGCUCUUUUUCCACAGGAUUUUACAGCGGUUUUGAGUUUCUGUUUUUCUCCAAUACUACGACCUGUUUCCUUCGUUAUUAUGGAUAGAUAUAACGAAGUGACUGUAGACUUCCAUCUUUAUAAGAAAGUGACUGAUGCCAUGGAUCAUAAUACGAAAUGAACUGUAGGAAAUGGUAAAGAUGCAGCGCUAGACAGAAUUCCCGUGAUUGGUGUCUUGGAAAGGGCAUGCACAUAUAGAAUGGAAUCCUGUUUGCAAAAUAAAGUAUUGAUGCAUCUCUCUUUAAAAAAAUCCCUGAGAUGUGUUCUGGAGGACAAGAUGCACAAGAAAAAGAAUCUCUUAUCAAAAGUAAGGUUUUCCCUUAGAAGGAAGUUGAAUAUCCUCUCUUUCCAAGCCAGAUUCUCUUGUAGAUAUGUGCCGUAAUUCGUGCGCACUCCAAUGAGUCCUUUGCAACACGAGAUUUUUUUUUGAUAAAUUAAGGAAAUCAUGAAUGCUCGUUUAUCUUGGGAUGACUUGCAUCUAUAAAUCCCUUUCUAUCUAGAUAACCAAUAUCUUCACACUCCACGUGUUGCUAUACAUGAAUGUCUUCAAUGGACUGGUGUGGACUGCUGCAGCUCAGCUAAUGGUGGAAGUUUCUCUUAGAUAUUAUUACAGGACAGUGGAAUGUACGUGGUGCUAUUUUCAUUUUAUCUGCUUAUAAUCCCUCCAUGAUAGGAUGGAAGCAACAUGGGUUCAAAGUUUCUUAGUUGGAAUCUAGUUUGCAUCAUGUCCAACGUUUACUCUGGUCUAUGGAAAUAAAGGAAGAGGGAGAAAACAUUAGUGGGUUGACAUGCGAACUCAUUUAUGCGGGGAGAAAGUCCCCUAAAGAAAUUAUCCACUCCUCCCAACAGCUGAAAAAUAUGAGGCCAUGGCUCGAAAUCAUUGCGCCCAACUAUUUAAACUAGACAGAAGACACCAAGAGAGCAUGGUGCAAGAGCAGUUCCCCGAAAUUCACCUUCACUGAAAAAGAAAAAGGUUCCCCUAGCAUUUCCAGCACUGUGUUCCAUAUCAAAAUUCACAAUAGAAUUCUUAAAAAUAGGUUUUUAGCAUCAUCAUGAAAAUAGAAUGGAUAUAUAUCAAUGCAUCUUACUUAAAGUUGCAAGAGUUGAUAUCUAAGUUGAAUGUGUGAAAUCUUUUGAUCAAUGCCGUAAGUAGUACAUGGACAUUCUAUGUUUCAUUGACAUAAACUGGGAUCAAGAAAGAUAAUGAUGUAUACUACCGCUGUUGUUUGACUAAAGUUGUAAGUAGUGUCAGCAUUCUAUGUUUCAUUCAACUCGAUAAUAAAAGAACAGUCUAAAAUGUCAGUUAGAUAUAUCCAUGUUUUGUGAUUGAUGUAGGAGGCUAGAAGACUCCAGAUGAUUCAAACAUGGCAAAUAGUUGUUCCAGAAUUUUGUAUUUUUCAUGUUUCAAUAUUUCUAGUAAGCUGGUUGUGUCCGUCCAUCAAUGAUUUAUUUAAGUGAUGGGAACAGACGAAAUAAAAUAUUGAGGUUGUUAGGGCCUGGACAAUUAGGUGAAAUAAGUCUAUUAGGAGAUGGUUGGAGUGAGUAUUAAUCGGUGAUUAAGUCUGUGGAUAUCAGUUCGGGUGGCUUGAGUAUAGAGGGAGACUGAUGAGAAUGCUUGUUAAUAGAUUCAAUCAUUAAUUUGUGACAGUUUCGAACAAUAAAUGGAGUUUCGAGAGGAACUCGGAUAGGUGUAACGAAGGAAGCUAUAAAUUUAUAGAGAUUGUAUCGAGUAUUCUGUUUGACUCUUACUUUUUUUCCUUGUACAUGGACAAACUAAUCCUGAACCUUCGUCAGGGAAUCCUGUCUCUUUUUGAAGUUAGAAGAUCAUGUCUCCUUAGAGUAUGUGUAGCAACACAGUCCAUUUACGAGAGAAGAAUUUCUAUGGAGAAUAUUGGGAAGACAUUCUGGGCGAUUCUAGGGAGAAGCAUGAAAUAUAUUGGGAAGUAUAUGGCUUAAUUUUCUCAAUUGGUCAUGUAAUCUACUGCCGAAUGCUGAAGAGUUCUCAUGGCUCUUGUAAUGUCGUCUAUGCCCUUUUGAGUUUGGUAAAGGUUCUAUUCGACAUUGCUGGUAAAAGGAACUAUAUCUGAAGUGACCAAUUCUGUCCCUACGUGUGGUGGAGUUUGACUUUACUCUAUUUCUGCUCAAAUUGUUUAAUUUCUUUCCUCUUGUUUGAUAUCUAAUGACCUAAACGUAGCCGUCUAAAAUUAUUUGGUUGAUUCCACACCAAACACCAACAUGGUCAGAGGCAUCCAUCACAGAGAAAACCGCCGGCAUCCCCCUUAAUUUGCAAUUUCUUUUUUUUUCCUGCUCCAUUUUUAUUAAUAAAGUAUGGUUUUAAUCAGCAGCCCUUUUGUCCCAUGUAUCAUAAUUUUUCGACAUAUUUCACAGCCUCCUUCCUCGUUCAUUUUGAAUCUAAUUUUGAUAGAUUAAUCCUUCCGAGGUCCUCUAUUAUCUCCCGUCUUCAGUCGAGCCAUCUAUCUUGGCAUGAAUUAGCAUUUGAUGAACUGCUGGCUGAUCUAAUUCCUCGAUGGUAUCAGAGAGAUUUUUUUGAUUCGAGGUUUUAUUCUUCAUGAACUCGUGAUCUUCCUUUCCUGGUUCUGGCGGACGGACUUGAAGGCCCCCCUGGAUUCUGUUUGUGUGUGUAACUUUCCUUGGCCUUUCUAGUCUGUCUCUGUAGAAGCCAGCACCGAGGUGUGCUACUGCUAGAUCCAUAGAUGCUCUUUGCAGGAUGAAGUGUGGUUUUUUUGGAGGACGCAAAAGGAACAGUGAUGAAAAAAAUUAGCUCGUUGUAGAUUUUCGUGGGUCUUCUACAUUCGGCGAAUUUAAUGUAUUUAUUCGCACCUUCAAUAAUCUCCCAAUUCUGACAGAAUCGGAUUCAGCGAGUUCGUCUGGAAAUGAAUCACUCGCAGCGAAGGGCCCCUUGCCCACGAACACUAACGUGAAGGUAUGUAUGCCUCCCACUCCUUUCAUACUUCAUUGCAUCCGAUUCUGUUAUGGGAGAGGAAAUGAGAUGGAUUUCCCUUAUUGCAGGACACCGCGAUGUCCGUCCCUACUUUUGAGCAUGAGAUGGCGAACCAGAUCGAUGGAAAUCGUAAGCUGCGCUUCUUCUGAACGGCUUCCCUCUGUGCUCAGUCUUGUUGAGUACUCUUCUUGCCCCCCAGAUGCGUCAGUUUCUGACUUCCUAUCUUCUUUUGGGUUACAUCUAGGUUAUGCCAGUGGUGGCUCGGAACAGCCCAAGCAGAGGGGCGACCUCAAUGCCGCAUCUGGCGAAGCAGAUGAUCGCCAUGAGGGUAAGCAUGGAUUACUCAGAGAGAGAGAGAGAGAGAGGGAGAGAGAGAGAGAGAGAGAGAGAGAGAGAGAGAGAGAGAGAGAGAGAGAGCUGUGAAAGAUGUAGUGGGGCCUUGAGAAUUUGAUCAGGCACUUAGCCUUGUCUUUUCCGUAUGAAAACUUUUAGGGGGCCAUGCUCCAUCUGAGAGGCAGGUCUCCCCAGAAAAGCUCUACCGUGCUGCCUUACUGAGGAGUCGCUUUGCGGAUACCAUCCUCAAGGCACGCGAGAAGACCCUCGACAAGGUUUGGUCUCGGAAGUCUCCAUCACAGGUACCAUUUUUAUAUAAGCCUCGGAGGUUUUAUGGCGUCUGAUUGUGGUGUGAUAUUGCCCAGGUUGACAAGGGGGACCCCGAGAAGCUUCGGCGGGAGAGGAAAGAGCUUGAGAGGCAGCAGCAGGAAGGUCUGGCUGCCGCUGCUCCUGUGGAUGAUCGCUGCUGCUGCCGCUCUCAGGAUGGAUGCUAAUAUUUUCUGGCUGUGCAGAGAGGGCCCGGUUGCAGGCGGAGGCCAGAACCGCAGAGGAAUUGCGGCUGCAGGUGGAGGCCAGAGCCGCUGCCGAGGCCAAGCGGAAGCGAGAGCUCGAGCGAGAGGCGGCGCGCCAGGCCCUUCUGAAGGUGUGGCCUCCGGUUUGCCGUCGGCAGUGCCGAUGCUUGGUGGUAAUGGUGGUGGUUCACCCUGGCUGACUUAUGAUGAUGAGCUUGUUUUGCCAGAUGGAGAAGACGGUGGAGAUUGGCGAGAACAGCCGGUUCCUCAAGGACCUGGAGAUGCUCGGUGCCGACCAGCACCUCCCGAGCUCCAUGGACGAGACCAGCCCAGACCUCUCCCAGGACGGCGGUUUCAAGUUCACCGGCAGCAACCCGCUGGAGCAGCUCGGCCUGUACAUGAAGGCAGACGAGGAGGAAGACGAGGUCGAGCCCGCCGCCGGCCAUGGCGGUGCUAACGACGUCGAGGAGGGGGAGAUCGACUGA